AUCAAAGUUCCUACUGUUCAAUCAGAGGCUGCCCCCUGCAGGACGGAGGCUGAACCACAACCACUCAGAUUUCUCUCUUAUGUUUCAGGGAUUGAUUUUAAGAUCCGGACGGUGGAGCUGGACGAGAAGAGGAUCAAACUCCAGAUCUGGGACACGGCGGGUCAGGAGCGCUUCAGAACCAUCACAACUGCCUAUUACAGAGGUGCCAUGGGCAUCAUGCUGGUUUAUGACAUCACUAACGAGAGAUCCUUCGACAACAUACGGAACUGGAUACGCAACAUAGAGGAGCACGCGUCGGCAGAUGUGGAGAAGAUGAUUCUGGGAAACAAGUGCGACAUGAACGACAAGAGACAAGUUUCCAAGGAGAGAGGAGAGAAGGUGGGAGGAGCUUCCUGAUCACAUGACCACAGAUUGAUCACAUGACCACAGAUCGAUCACAUGACCAGGAACUUAUUACAGGAAGUGAUUACAUGUUGGGUUCCAUUACGUACUGCGCUGGGCCGAGU